AUGCCAAACAAAGACGGUCAUAAUGACUGGCCUCAUCUCAUCCGCGGAUUUUACGACAAUAGACUAGAUGGGCGUUUUCAGUGCGAAAACAAUCUAGCCGGUCACGUCGACAUCAAACGCCUCAAGAAUGGAAGAUCUGGAGGUGCAUUCUGGAGUGUCUACAUUGACUGUCCUGAGUCGGAUGACUUCACCGAUGAUGCUAUACAUUUCGAGGCACUUCGAGAUACAAUACAGCAGAUUGAUAUAGUGCAUCGCCUGCUGGAGCUGUAUUCUGAUGAUAUGGGCCUUGUUGAAAAUUCAUCCGAUAUCAUGCGUCUAUUCAAAGCUGAUAAAUUUGCAAGUCUCAUUGGAGUUGAGGGACUUCACCAGAUUGCGAACAGUGCUAGUGUUUUACGGAUGUACUACAAGCUAGGCGUGCGUUAUGUGACUCUGGCACACAACAAGAAUAACAUCUACGCGGAUAGUGCUGUGAGUAGCCCGAUUAUCGACUUAUCACAUACGAGUGAGGCAGUGAUACAUCAAGUCCUUGAGAGUUCAAAGGCACCCGUAAUGUUCUCUCAUUCUGCGAUAGCGUCAAUUGUGCCACAUGUUCGGAAUGUCUCCGAUGCCGCCCUGAAGAAAUUGCAAGCUAAUAACGGCGUCAUCAUGAUUACUUUCAUACCAUCUCUUAUUCAUACGAAGCCAAAUGAAGCGAGUAUCGACCACAUCAUUGAUCACAUCAUAUAUGCAGGUGGCUUGAUCGGCUACAAUCACAUUGGUCUAGGGUCAGACUACGAUGGCAUGUUCAGUGCUGUCAGAGGGGUUGACGAUGUUAGUCUUUACCCUGAUCUGGUUGCCAAAAUGCUCGAGCGAGGAAUAUCACGACCAGACGUGGAGAGGGUCAUAGGGCUGAAUAUCAUACGGGUGUUGGGGGAGGUUGAAGCCCGAGCUGCAAAGUUAAAGAUCCAGUCCGCGGUCAUGGAAGAUGAAGUGAAGCAACUGUGGAAUGAUAACUUCAGAGCUACGGUAGAAAGUGUAUAUCCACAUGCUGAGAAGAGUACUCGAAUUACAUAG